UAAUCCGCAUUUUCCCGAGAAAACUCUCUCUCUCUGCAUGUCUUUAAUUUGAAAAAUUCUCGUUCCACUUACAGACGCGCAUUCUUCAUUUAUUUCACUUCGUUGAAAACUCUAAACCCACCCAAAAGAAUUUCUUCAUCUUCUCUCUGAUCAAUUUAUCGUUCCAUUUCAGGGAAGCUGGUGAUUUAUCGUGCUAGCAUGACAUUGAAUAAUCCACUCUUCGAUGAUACUCGGGGCAACAGAGAUGUUGAUCCUCCUCAAAAUGAAGAGUCAACCGAUGUUGUUGAAUUGGUCAAUGAUCCUGUACAAACUGCUUCUAAACCUACCGGGACUGUUUUAAGCAGUGUCCGUGAGCUUCUAGAGUGUCCUGUAUGCCUGAAUGCCAUGUACCCUCCAAUUCAUCAGUGUUCGAAUGGUCACACUAUAUGCUCGGGUUGUAAACCGAGAGUACAUAACCGGUGCCCUACUUGUAGGCAUGAGCUGGGAAAUAUUAGAUGUCUAGCACUGGAAAAGGUGGCUGCAUCUUUUGCACUCCCUUGUAAAUACAAAGAGUUUGGGUGCAUUGGUAUAUAUCCUUACUACAACAAGCCAGAACAUGAAUCACAAUGUUCAUAUAAGCCCUAUAACUGUCCAUAUGCUGGUUCAGAAUGCCCGGUUGUGGGUGAUAUAUCUUACCUGGUGAACCAUUUGAAAGAAGAUCACAAAGUGGACAUGCACAAUGGUAGCACUUUUAACCAUCGAUAUGUCAAAUCAAAUCCUCAAGAUGUCGAAAAUGCCACAUGGAUGUUAACGGUUUUCAGCUGUUUUGGCCACUUCUUCUGUCUACACUUUGAAGCUUUUCAGCUUGGAAUGGCUCAUGUCUACAUAGCCUUUUUGCGGUUUAUGGGUGAUGAUAGCGAAGCGAAAAAUUAUAGCUACAGUCUAGAGGUAGGUGGAAAUGGGAGAAAGAUGGUUUGGCAGGGAGUACCAAGAAGCAUAAGAGAGAGUCACCGCAAGAUUCGCGACAGUUUUGACGGUCUCAUUAUUCAAAGGAACAUGGCUCUCUUUUUUUCGGGCGGUGACCGGAAUGAGUUGAAGCUGAGGGUCACUGGCAGGAUUUGGAAAGAACAAUGACAAGAAGGAAAACAAUGUCCUUUCUUUGAUUAUAAAUUAUAUUUUAGACUUAAUAGUUUGUAGUGAAUAUGUAUUUUGUUUUACUUUUUGUAAUUUAGAAGGCAAUGUCUCUUUGCUUAUCCUUACUUACAUCAGAUACAUGAACAAGAAAGAGUACUUUCUAGCUAUCAAUAUGAUAAUUUCAAUUCUAUUAACGUUAUUGAUAGA